AUGACCUUUCCAUGGGUGAUGAGGUGGACGAAGGGCGCGCGUGGGGCCGUGGUGAUAUUUCCGAACAAGGGGGAGGUGUGGGCACUUUACAGGAACUGGGCGCCAGUUCGCGAGUACAAGGUGGUGUGGGUGGUGGAGGAGUAUGAGAGAGGGGAGGUGAGUGUGGUGGUGCCGCUUGAGAAGGUGGGUGGGUAUAGGACAGUGUUUAAGUCGAGGUCGGGUGGAGUGAGGAGGAUUGUGAGGGAGGAGAUGUUUCGUUUUUCGCACAGGGUGCCGCAUUAUGAGGUGGAGAUGCUGGGAGGGUGCCUGGAGCUUGACCCGACAGUGUUGCUGUAA